GAAGCUGAGCUCGUCUGGAUCCACCAUGGCCUGGGCCCCUCUGCUCCUCACACUGGUCACGUACUGCUCAGGUUCGCUCGCCCAGUACGUGCUGACCCAGCCGCCUGCAGUGUCUGUGUCUCCAGGGCAAAAUGCUCAACUCACCUGCACAGGAGAAAAGAUUGACAAAUACUAUGUGCAGUGGUACCAACAGAAACCUGGCCGUGCCCCCGUACUCGUCAUAUACAAGGACAGUGAGAGACCCUCCGGAAUCCCCGAUCGAUUCUCCGGGGCCAGCUCCGGUAACACGGCCACGUUAACCAUCACUGGAGUCCAGGCGCAGGACGAGGCUGAUUAUUACUGCUCAUCCCAAGCAGGAAGCGUCUCCAGCUCCGUGUGUCACUGUGCGUAUGUCUUCGGCGGUGGAACCCAGUUGACCGUCCUUGGUCAGCCAAAGGCAUCUCCUACCAUGCACCUCUUCCCUCCAUCCUCGGAAGAGAUCAAAACAAAGAGCAAAGCCACACUGGUGUGUCUGCUGGGCAGCUUUUACCCAGGCUCAGUCCAAGUCACCUGGAAAGCUGACGGCAAGCAGCUGUCUACUGGAGUGGAGACGACCAAGCCAUCCAAACAGAGUGACAACAAGUUCAUGGCCAGCAGUUACCUGUCUCUGGAUGCAUCAAAGUGGAAGAGCCAUGAGACCUACACCUGCCUGGUGACACACGAUGGGAAGAACUUCGAGAAGUCCCUGAAGAGCUCAGAGUGUUCUUAACCCUUUCACCCCCAGAGGGCUCGGCCAGUUCCCAGAUCAGUCACUAGAGAGUUUCCCAAAAGAGCUGGGAUCAGUCUGUAGCAUCACCUUAAUGCUGAUCUCCAGCAGCUCUGCUUCCUGUUUGAUGUGGGGGAUCUUUGAUGAUCCCUUUGAUAUCUUCUUUUAGUCCCAUGUUCCCACUGCUCUCAUCCCUCUGCAUUCCCUGGAAUUCUCCUUCCUGCUUUAGUCUCUGAUGCAGCCUUGUUAUGAUAUUAAUAAAACCAGAUACAUUCAGCUAUCGCUGUGUCUGUGAAGAGUUAAAAUUAUUGCCUCUUUCAAAUGUUUUUAAAAAGUUGUUUAUCAUGAUUCUGCAAUAAAAGAUGGACAUUUAUCUGCCAA